AUGACGGAGCUGGCUGAAGCAAAAACUCCUGAUUCAGCUAAAGAAGCAAGCAAGAAUGAAAAUGUACUGAGUGUCGGGUACUUCCAGCUGUAUCGAUUUGCCACCUGGAAAGACAGGGUUAUGAUGGUGCUGGGGACUCUGUGUGCAGUCAUACACGGUUCAGCUACUCCUCUGGCACUUUUGGUGUACAGCAUGCUGACAGAUACAUUUGUUGCUUAUGAGCUUGAAGUACAGGCUUUAAGAGACCCAAACAAAGAGUGCAACAACAACACAGUCUAUUGGAUUAAUGGCUCAGUGUAUGAAUCAGAUGAGAACCUGACAGUUUCUUGUGGGGUGGAUAUUGAAACAGAGAUGACCAUGUUUGCGUAUUACUAUGUCGGAAUUGGAGUAGCUGUUUUCAUUCUUGCUUACUUUCAGAUUGCCUUGUGGGUGUCAGCGGCUGCAAGACAAACUCAGAGAAUCAGAAAGGCUUACUUCCGCAAAGUAAUGCAAAUGGAAAUUGGAUGGUUUGACUGCUGUUCUGUGGGUGAACUAAACACCAGGCUAGCUGACGAUAUUAGCAAGAUCAACAAUGCCAUUGCUGAUCAGGUGUCUAUUUUCGCUGAGAAGAUCUCCACGUUUGUGUUCGGCUUCAUGGUUGGUUUCAUUGCUGGGUGGAAGCUGACUUUGGUGGUAAUCGCAAUCAGCCCUCUCAUUGGUCUAGCUGCUGGACUCAUGGCAAUGGCAGUGAGUCGAUUGACAGGACAGACAAUGAGGGCCUAUGGUAAGGCUGGAGCUGUGGCCGACGAGGUCCUAUCAGCCAUCAGAACUGUCGCAGCUUUUGGUGGGGAGGAUAAAGAAGUUGAGAGGUAUGACAAAAACCUUUUGGACGCUCAGACCUCUGGUGUGAAAAAGGGCUCCAUCAUAGGCGUGUUUCAGGGAUGCUUGUGGUGCAUCAUUUUUCUUGCUUAUGCUCUGGCGUUUUGGUAUGGAUCCAAACUGGUUCUUGACACCAAAGAGUUGACUCCUGGUGGGCUCAUGCAGGUAUUUUUUGGAGUACUCUUGGGAGCUAUGAACCUUGGCCAAGCCUCGCCGUGCCUGGAGGCCUUUGCUUCUGGUCGUGCAGCUGCGAAGGCUAUCUUUGAAACAAUUGACCGGGAACCAGAAAUCAAUUGUUUCUCUGAAGAGGGCCACACAUUGGAUAGAGUAAAAGGAGACAUAGAGUUCCGUAAUGUCACUUUCUUCUACCCAUCUCGGCCUGAUGUCAAGAUUUUAAAUGAUUUAAGCACUGAGAUCAAAGCAGGAGAAACCACUGCUUUUGUUGGACCAAGCGGAUCAGGAAAGAGCACUGCAAUUCAACUCAUUCAAAGGUUUUAUGACCCACAAGAAGGAAUGGUGACUUUAGACGGCCACGACAUCCGUACGUUAAAUGUCCAGUGGCUUCGCUCUCUCAUUGGCAUCGUGGAGCAGGAGCCGGUGUUAUUUGCCACAACGAUUGCUGAGAACAUCCGGUUUGGUCGAUCGGGAGUAACCAUGGAAGAAAUUAUUCAGGCAUCAAAAGAAGCUAAUGCUUAUAACUUCAUUAUGGAUUUACCACAGCAAUUUGAUACACUGGUGGGUGAAGGCGGAGGACAGAUGAGCGGAGGACAGAAGCAAAGGAUUGCUAUCGCUCGAGCUCUCGUCAGAAAUCCCAAGAUCUUGCUGCUGGAUAUGGCUACAUCUGCUUUAGACAAUGAGAGUGAAGCUGUGGUCCAGAACGCAUUGGAUUCUGUUCGCAUCGGCAGGACAACAAUUUCUAUAGCCCACCGUCUUUCCACCAUCAGAAAUGCAGAUAUACUUAUUGGAUUUGAGCACGGACAGGCUGUGGAGAGAGGAACGCACAGUGAGCUACUAGACAAGAAAGCCGUAUACUUCACUCUGGUCACCCUGCAGAACCAAGACCUGUCACAAACAACUAAUGGAAAAGAAAAGGAAGAUGAUGCAGAUCAACACACAAAGCCAGCUGCGGUUGCACGUAUUCUUAAAUACAACAAACCAGAGUGGCCCUACUUGGUGCUCGGCUCACUGGGAGCUGGUUUCAAUGGCUUGGUCAGCCCCAUUUACGCCAUCCUGUUCAGCCAGAUUCUUGGGACUUUUGGCAUUGCGGACCUGAAUGAGCAGAGGAGGCAGAUUAAUUCAAUCUGCAUUCUGUUUUGCAUUGUGGCUGCAGUUAGUUUCUUUUCACAGUUUUUACAGGGAUAUGCGUUUGCUAAAUCUGGAGAGCUGCUCACACGGCGUCUGAGGAAAGUGGCAUUUCAGGCCAUGUUGAGACAGGAGAUCGGCUGGUUUGAUGACCCUAAAAACAGUCCUGGAGUUCUCACCACCAGAUUGGCCACAGAUGCAUCCGUGGUCCAAAAGGCAGCAGGUUCUCAGAUUGGAGCUAUUGUUGACUGCCUGACCAACGUAGUAGCCUCAAUCAUCAUUGCCUUCUACUUCAGCUGGAAGUUGGCAUUUGUCAUCAUGGUGUUCCUGCCAUUCAUUGUGCUCUCGGGAUUAUUCCAAACCAACAUAUUAACAGGUUUUGCAAAGACAGACGAUGAAGCCAUGGAAGCAGCAGGUCAGAUAUCCAGUGAGGCUCUGACCAACAUCAGGACCAUUGCAGGCUUGGCCAAAGAGGAGUCAUUUGUGCAGUCAUAUGAGGAGAAACUUGAGCUGCCGUAUAAAUCAGACAAGAAGAAAGCCAAAAUCUAUGGGCUCUGUUUUGGUUUUGCCAAGUGCGUCUUCUACAUGGCUUAUGCUGCUUCUUUUAGAUAUGGCGGCCACCUAGUCAGCUCUGAAGGUUUACAUUUCAUGAUGGUUUUUAGGGUGAUUUCAGCAAUUAUUGUUUGUGGGAAUGCCAUGGGUCGAGCUUUCUCCUUCACUUCAGAUUACGCCAAAGCCAAGACUGCUGCCGCUCAUUUUUUCACGUUGUUAGACAGACCUCCACAAAUCAGCAUUAGCCAGGCAGAUGGAGAGAAAUGGGAAAACUUCCAAGGGGAAAUAGAGUUCCGUGGCUGCAAGUUUACUUAUCCGACAAGACCUGAUGUUCAGGUUCUGAAAGGCCUGGUUGUGUCUGUGAAGCCUGGUCAGACUUUAGCAUUUGUUGGAAGCAGUGGAUGUGGAAAAAGCACCAGUGUUCAGCUGCUGCAGCGGUUCUAUGACCCCGAUGAAGGACAAGUGUUGAUCGAUGGCCGUCCAUCUGACAAAGUCAAUGUGCCCUUCCUGAGAUCCCAGAUUGGCAUCGUGUCCCAGGAGCCAGUUUUGUUUGAUUGCAGCAUAGCAGAGAAUAUACAAUACGGAGAUAACACACGCACUGUCAGCAUGACGGAGAUUGUUGAAGCUGCAAAGAAAGCUCAUCUCCAUGACUUUGUGAUGAAGCUACCAAAUGCAUAUGAGACCCAGGUUGGUGCUCAGGGUUCACAGCUGUCAAGAGGGCAAAAACAGCGCAUUGCUAUUGCCCGAGCCAUUGUCAGGAACCCCAAGAUCCUGCUGUUAGAUGAGGCUACUUCUGCCCUGGACACGGAAAGUGAAAAGACUGUCCAGUCGGCCCUGGAUGAGGCGAGGAAAGGGCGAACCUGCAUCAUCAUUGCUCACCGGCUGUCGACCGUACAGACCGCUGACAUCAUCGCCACCAUGUCUGAUGGAAGCGUUAUAGAGCAAGGCACUCAUGAAAGUCUCAUGGCCCAGAGAGGUGCCUAUUACAAGCUGGUCACAACAGGCGCUCCUAUCAGCUAA